AUGCAACAACUUUAACUGUACACCACACCACACCACACAGUACACACAGAACUACAACAAUGGCGGCAUCGACCAAACCGGUUAUGAUCGUGGGAGUCGACGAGAGCGAGCACAGUUUUUACGCUCUGGAAUGGACACUGGAUCACUUCUUAGUUCCCUCUGCACCAAAUCCUCCCUUUAACCUCAUUAUUGUUCACUCCAAACCUAUUCCGGUUUCUUCCAUGGGCUUCACCGUUCCAGGUGUGGAUAUUAUGUCACAUGUGGAUGCGGAUCUGAAGAAGAUUGCUAAUCGGGUUGUGGAAAAGGCGAAGGAGCUUUGUGUUUCAAAAUCGGUGACUGAUGCAACAAUAGAGAUUGUGGAAGGUGAUGCUAGAAAUGUUUUAUGUGAUGCUGUUGAGAGGCACCAUGCUACCAUAUUGGCUGUUGGUAGCCAUGGUCAUGGAGCAAUUAAGAGGGCGGUUUUGGGAAGUGUAAGCGAUUACGUUAGCCACCAUGCUCACUGCACCGUGAUGAUCGUAAAGAAGCCAAAAGGCAAACACGAAGGCGCACAUCAUUAGUGGUUGAUCGUUUGCUAUGAAAACUCGACACUUGUUGAACUUCCUUCGUCUAUGUAACUUCAUAUUGUAAUUUGUGUGUUUUGUUUUAAACAAAUAAAUGGCUCAUAAGCAUCUUUGUAUUUCCACAAUGACUGAAGGAAUUGAAAUAUUCUUAAUUUUUGGGUA